AAUAUUAUUUAUUUUCUAGUGAUCCGCGUUAAAGGUCUCCUCAUACUAGCUACGUUGUUUCUCUUGUGAGAAAUAUUUUUCAGUAAGAUCUAUGCAGCAGAGUGAUAUACACGAGAGAAAAGCGCUACAUUUUCAGCCAGCAGCGUGUUAGCAGACGAUAAACAGUCCAAACAGUUAAGUUAGUUAUAAAGAGAAACCGUGGGGCCUUCGUCUCAGUUUAACUCAAACUUCCUUCGGGCGAGCUACGUUCGUUAGACAAACAAUCAUUUCGCAUGCUUGGAAGUAGACAUACUGCAUGCGUAUCAUGAGAAAAUACGUCGCAAAUCUCUUCAAACUACGUACAAAUCUAAAGGAUACCUCUUAGACGUUUAAUAUUAGCACUGUAUCAUCGAUAAACAGAAGCAUAUUUGUGGGCAAAUAAUCAAACAAAUUACGCCAAUAUGAAUGUUUUGAAAUCGGACUGGUUCAGCGAAAUAAGCGAUCUUUGGCCUGGUGUUGCACUUUCAUUGAAGGUAGAAGAAAUUCUGCAUUCCGAGCGUUCUCAGUUUCAAGAAAUUCUGGUAGUAAAAACACAAUCACAUGGGAGGGCUUUGAUGCUCGACGGCGCGAUACAAUGUACAGAGAAAGAUGAAUUCUCCUAUCACGAGAUGAUAUCAUAUUUGCCACUCUGCAGUCAUCCUAAGCCUAAAGACAUUUUGAUAGUCGGAGGUGGCGAUGGUGGAGCUGCUCGAGAAGUCGCGAAACAUCCGGAUGUGGAACGUAUUACACUAGUGGACAUCGACAACCGAGUUAUCGAAGUGUGCAAACAAUACUUGCCUCGUUUGAGUCUGGGUCUUAAUAAUCCUAAAGUAACCGUUUCUGUUGGCGACGGUUUCGAAUUUCUAAGAAAUCAUUGUGGACAAUUCGAUGUCAUUAUCACUGACAGUAGCGAUCCCGUAGGUCCCGCCGAGCAUCUUUUCAAACAACCGUACUAUGAAUUAUUAAAGGCUGCAUUGAAACCUGAUGGAAUUAUUGCCAGCCAGGCUGGCACGGUAUGGGAGAGCAUGCAACAAGUACAAAGUACAUUCCAGCAUUGUAAAACCGUGUUUCCGGUCGCCUCCUACGCAGUAACAGCUGUACCGACAUAUCCCACAGGUCAAAUCGGUUUUGUCCUUGGGAGCUUAGACAGCGUUACAAAAAAUUUUGCAGAACCGAUAAGGAUAUUCAACGAUGAAGAUCUCGAUCGAAUGGAAAUAAAAUAUUAUAAUGAUAAGGUACAUCGGACUUCUUUUGUUUUACCAAGAUUUGUGGAAAAGAGUUUACAAAUUGCUCAACGUACUAACUAAGUACUUAGUAAUAUUUACUUUAAAUAUUUAAUUUCAAUUUUCAACAACA